AUGAAGUCUGCCGGUCCAUUUGCAGCCGCUUUCAGCUCAUUUGAGGCGCGCAACUACACCAACAGCUGUUGGCAGGGAAUCGGCUCCCGACCCACCAUGGAUCUGGCCAACUUCUGUUGGGAGAAUGCGCAGAGCCUCUACGCCAAGAAUCGCCUCUUGUUCGAGAUAUUCUGCACGACGAGUUUCUGGGUGCCGUACCUGUUUCCAUCCUACAAGUAUGUGCGGUCUCGGAAAUUUGCCAAGUAUGCAAAGUUGCCGUACGAAUCCCUCGCUGCUCACCUGAUUCUUGGAACCGUCGUGGUAGCCCGGUACUACUACCUGUAUGCCACUCUCGGAGAGUCUCCGGUCCCAACCCUGUUUGAUCUCGUCACCGUUCUCGCCUUCUCGGCCACCGGCGUCCAGCUGUCCGGGUACGUCCACGAGGGAAAUGUCCCCGUUCUCAUGGCCAGUUUCAAGGCAAUGGCGCUCCAGCAGGCGAUCGCGACCUCCAUGGGGUACGCAUACGGGUCCGCGCACUGGCAUCGCGCCGGCGUCAAGCUGAUGGACGCCUUCGCCUGGGUCCGGUGGAUGAACGAGUACGGAGGCGUUUUCCAGGGUUUCAGAACGUACGGGGCACGGUUCACGGCGUCGGUCGUGAUCUCUCACCCGCUGUGUCUGUGGGAGGGCGAUUACCCCGCGGGGAUGCCUGCGUAUCUCGCCAUGUUGUUCGCGUUCCUGGCCGUCGACAAGUGGGCAUCACGAAAACUAGACGGAAAACCGGGAUCAAUCCCCCGCGCUCUUGCGUUCUGCGGGUUUGUGACCGUGGAGAAGAAACAUCGUGACGUGAAGCUGGGGAAUGCGGAGAGUGAGGAGUUGACGGGCGCAAAGCUGGAGUAG